UCGAAAUUACUUUAUCAUUCUGUUGAUCAUAUAUAAUAUAUACGCAAGUGUUACAUAUUUGCGAGAUAAUUUUAGUUUUCUGCUGAAGAAAAAAGAAACAAUAAUUAUGGCGACACUUGAGCAUACCGUUUCGCGCGGUUUACAGUGUCCAGUUUGUUUGAGUUUGCUAAAUGAUCCAAAACAACUAUCAUGUACACAUACGUUUUGUCAAAAAUGUAUCCGAGAUAUUCUAGCGUGCUCUUUACAGAAUAAUACUUUAACUUGUCCAUUAUGUAGAAUCGAAACAAAUGUCGUGGAUGGAAAUGUUGCCAAUAUUAAAACUAAUGUACCUGUUAAGUCACUUGUUGAUGAUGUCAGGAAUAGUAAACAGCUCUGUGAAAUGUGUGACGAGCAAUCAAGAGCCGCACACUUCUGUUGCGAUUGUGGUAAGAACAUGUGUAACGCUUGUCUGCAAGCUCACAACAACUGGAAACCACAUCUUAAUCACAAAGUAGUGAGCGUUGAAGACAUAAGAGAGGGUAGGGUAGUCUUAAAGAAAAAGGUUUACUGUCAAGAAGAAGUACACACUUCAGGGGAGUAUGAAUGCACUGAUGUGUGCACGACAUGUAAGAAACUCAUUUGUAUGAGAUGUCGCAUGCUCUACCACGAGAAAAAGGGCCACAAAGUGGAAGAUUUAAGAGAGUACGAUUCGUCUUUCAAGAAGAGCUCUGGAUUACUUCAGGGUCAAGGAAAGACAAAAGUUACAACAGUGAAGAAUCAUAUGACGUGUAUUGAUAAUCAAAUCAAACGUGUCCAUGAUCACAUUGAUGCGGAAAAUGUGAAGCUUGACAUGCUUUGUGAAGAAGCUAUCAAGAAAAUAAAAGAGAGGAAUGCUACCUUGAAAAAGCAACUAGAAGAUCAGAGAGAAGAAUUAUGCAAGAGUUUAGAUAAUAUGAAAAUUGAUGAUGAGAGGUUGGUCAAAAGUAUUGAGAGUGCGAGUGAAUUGGUGGGUAAUAGUUUAAAGGCCCCACUAGAAGGAGAUGUUGUAGCUAUUCAUGAUUCAUUGUCUAGUGAAUUAAAGAAUGUACUAGAUAGGGAUGAUCCAAAAGAAAAGGUUGCUAUUGGUGUAGGUGAUCAUGCAGAGGAACUGACGUUUACACCAAGCUGCGAUCCUGAUACAUUAUCAAUGGGGAUACUGAGGUUUGUGAAAUGUGAGCCGGAGUGCAAUGUAAAACUCUCAAAGCAAGAUAGUAUGAAUGGCAUGGCGGCUACAAAGACUGGUAUGAUGGCGGUUGGAUCUAAAUCUGGAGAAAUUGAAAUAUUUUCCACUAAUGGUCAGCUAAAACAGACAGUCAUUAAAGCUGCAAAAAUAAUUGAGGUAGGAUUCCUCUCUGAUGGUCGUUAUGUUGUACGUGAUGCACAUAAUAAGAUAUCACUUUAUACUUUAGAUGAAGAGAAGCAGGGUGUAACAUUCGAUACUCUAGGUAAGAGUGAAGGUGGGACAGGUGGUCUCACUGUAGACAGCAAUGAUCUGAUCUAUGUUAGCUACAGGAAUGCUAAGAAGAUCCAAGUAUUUUCACCAUCCGGUGGGAAGGCUCUCAGGGAGAUACCAUGCGACGGGUAUGAACUUGGACAAAUCACAAGUUAUGGCGAUUCGUUGAUCGUUAAUCGGUUUGGAAAUCAGAUAACACUUAUUGAUAACAAGGGUAAUCUCAUGCAUAAAUUAUCAAGCCUUUUCGAAAAUUACGACUGUGCUGGUGUGAGUAAAGACAAUACAAUCCUGAUUGCCUCUGUAAGAUACGAGGAAGGUCUGCUUAAUAUCGAUGAGUAUACCGGUGAGCUGAAACACAUCAAGACUCUCAUCUCUGAUUACAAGAUUGAGAAACCGAAAAGAAACUGGUAUUACAUUCGCCAGUUCCAGUCAGGGGAGAUAGCUUUCUGUACACCGGACAGGCUCUACAUAUUUAAUCUCGUUACGAGUGAAGUUACCUCGUAAGAAUAUACUUUUUCGAAGCCUAUAAACAAAGCUAAUCUAGGGGGUGCUUUCAUUCCCCCCCCCCCCUCGACAUUUUCGCGAUAUAUCCACUGCGCGGAAAAGUGACAUCGCCGCUCCCUGACUUUUUGCUUUCGAGUGUCCCGAAACUUUGUAAAGCCCUGGCCCGCGGUUACGAAAUUACCCAACAUAAUGUAAAUGUAAAUGUAUAAUCAUAACUUUUCAUAGAUUAUCGAACUACAUGUAGAAGUAGAUGCUUUCCCAAUAUUAAAAAAAAAAUGGUUGGUGUCUUUGAACACAUCAUACUGUUUUUCCCUAUGGGGGAACUCGCCCCGUCUAACCGGUGAACUUGUCCAUGGGUGGGGCAGGUUCGCCCUGCAGCGAACAUUUUCUUUACUGUUAUGUUUGGAUCGGUAAUUAUAAUUUAGAAGGAAAGCGUAAUGAAGAAACUUUGGAGAAGGUUAUACAGUUCAAAAUCACAGGGUAUUUAAUCAUCAAUAAUCAGCUACAGUUUGCAAUUCGAAGUACAUGAAGAUUUAGAUAUAACAGGAGACGAUGAAUAUAACAAUUUCGAAGUAUAAGAUUAAUAUUCUGAAAUUGAAAUAAUAUUGGAUGGACGUCUUGAAGUCAGUCAAUCUAUAUGGAUGAGUGUGGGUGUAGUAUUCUAUAUCUAAUAAUCAAGAAGUCUUAUUUAUAUAAUUAGUUUUGGGGGUGUAACUAUUUAAGGUGGGAGUGAUCUAAACUUGAUCUGACCGGUCUACAGGUAAUAUCAAACUUUCUCUAAGGAGUGUAAGGAGUGUGGUAAUGCACUGUGCAAGUGACUGGGGCUCGAAGUGUGAGUCAUACUUCUUCGAACUUUUGUUCCUUGAAGUUAGCUAACGUCACAGAGCGUUGGUCAUUUAGGGUCAAGGUUUAGGAGUUAAAUGGAAUUAGGGGGUUUAUAAAUUUUUAGAUGACAUUGGGGGAGUGAACGUGAAUGACUGAAAGGAUAACAGGAAGUUAAAUACAUACUACAUUAACAUCCCCUUUCUUUGGAAAAUGAGGCUCUUCUCCUCAUUUGGAAAAAAAAAUCUACAAAUAGAUUCCUAAGGUUAUUUUGAAAAGUGAGUGAAACCACAAUAGUGUAUCUUUGAUUGUCCACUGAACUUCCACUCUCGCUCUCAUACUUACUAGUAACACUAAAGAGGAUUAAACUUAUUCUUGAUCUUAACUGAAUUCAACUUAUAGAUAUAACACAUUGAAUACAUUCACAAAACAUAUAAAAGAAAGAAUCUAUCAAUAUUGAUACUAUUUAUAUUAAUUGGUGCAGACUUAUUAUCCACUAUGAAACAAUCAGCAAAUAUUAUUAAAUUAAUGUUCAUUAACUACAUAGUACAAACUUCUUCAAAUUAAACGGUGAAGAAUACAGAUUAAUUUCAGCCAAUCCUAUUGUGUUACUCUAUCUCUAACACUGAAUUAUUUCAAGGAAUAACAGUAAUAACAAGAAAAAAAUGUUUGCUAUAUAAAUCUUAGCAUCUGAUCAACAUGAUAAUUGGCGGAAAGUUAAACAGGUGCGCCCUCGAAAUGACAGUCUCUCUAUGUUAGGAAGGCCUUUAUGUACUUCAAAUGAAGCAAUCAACAUAGAACUCAAUCAUUACUGUUAUACAUGUAUCUAAGUAAAAUUGCAAGAGAAAUUACAUUCAUUUUAUUAAGUUAUUUUCUCUUUAAGGAUAUUCCUAGCAUAGAAUGAUUAAGAAUAUUCCAAAAUGUCUCAGUAAAGCUCUAUGGUAAGUCUUUGUUAGGCCUACAUCAAUUAUAAUGAGUACUGAAUAAUUGCUGUUAUUUCAGGAAUGUCCCAAGACAAUAAAGCCAACAUGCAGUGAAAAGGACAAUAUGAUUAGCUAUUUUGUUUACAUUGUUAAUUUCACUGAGGUCAGUCAAGAAUGUUCUGAAAUUAGACUGCUCUAGAAAUUGGCAGAAUGUUCUUUUUGUAGACAAUACUUGAAGCUUCCAGAAUAGUGAAUGAUUUGUAUAUGAGCUGGCAGUUUCUUCAAGGACAUCAUCACAUCACAUCAGACCGGAACUCCGAGUUUCACACCAGACUUUAUGUCAGAGCUUAGUUUAUUUCCGAUUGGAACGAACAUAACAUCAAUGAACUGUUUGCAGUUACUUUGAGAGAGGAAUUCUCAGUUCUCAUCGAGAUCAUCAACCUGUUUUAAUGAACGCUUUUCAACCCAUGGAUUGCUGAAAUGACUGUAAAUCAUCAUCAACAUCGUUUUCACAGACAUUUCAACUAGUUACAGUGAAUUUUUGUUAUUCAUCGUGCUUUAACAUCAAUUUCAUCAUCGCCAUCAUUAUGAACUUUAAUUAAAGGAAUCUUCGCCAAAUGACUUGGAUUUUAUUUGGAUAUACUAUCAUAACUUUGGAUUGCACAUCUGACACUUCCAAGAGAUGUAAGAUCAAUAUUGGUUUAUGUUUUGUUAGUUUAUGAUUGUUAUAUUUCCUGUAAUAAAAAAAAGGGAAAUCAAAUUUAAAACUAAAUUUUCAUUUUUAUUUGUUGCAGUAUCGUAACAUUACUAUCAUCCCUAUCCUGUAGGAGAAUAUAUUUCAUAUUCAUGUUAUAAAAUAAAAAAAUAAACAAGUACUUUCAAACCUGUUAGAUAUCAUCAUAUGACAAGUAUAAAUUCAAACUUAUCUUGGUAAUCAACCUUGCAAUGAUGAAUAUUUGUUUAAUAAAUGUACUAUGAUAAACUGUACAUCCUGCAGUGCUUUGUCUCAUGUAAGUCUGGUUAAAAAUAAAAUAGCAAUAAGAUCCAACGACAACAUAACAUGGUGGAGAACCCGGGAAAUUUUGAAGUGACCGAUAUAAGACAUUAUGCGAGCAAAUUUGGAGUGGAACUCAUACAGAGUAGGAUGAUUUAGUUAGUAAACCUAUUGUUUAUAUACUUCAGAAUUUGAAGUGGAAAUAGAUGCACAUCUCCCUAAGAUAUGAGAAUGCCCGCAGCUCGAAAAAAUUGUUGAUAUAUACAUGUAUGAUUUAUUGUGGAGUAUCACUUAGUUGUAACAUAUCAUAAUGUAUACACUGUCAAAAAUGAAGUGCUAAUAAUUUAGCACUUACAGUGCUUGUAUAGUUACUGCACUACGAGUGCUGAUUUUCUCGUUUAAAUUGAACUAGGAAAUUAGCACUCGUAGUGCAGUCACUAUACAAACACUGUUAGUGGUAAAUUAGCACUUCAUUUUUUACAGUGUACUGAUACUGUUCUGAGACAUCUCAAAUUGCCCAAAUCUUAUUGAAGAAAUAGUGUAAUUGUAUUUUGUUAGAACAAAAUAUUAUUUUAUAAGAACAUCUUGUUGCCGAUUAUUAAUCAAGCAUUUCAUUGAUUGCCAUAAAAAUAUGAAAUAUUUUAAUUCAAAUUCAUUUAGGUUUAUUAAGGUAAACUUUGAUAUAACUAAAGUUAUCUUUGUGUAAUAUUUUUCAGGCUAUGUUACUUUAUGUUUAGUAGAUAUACGUUGAUGUAGAUAGUAAUCAUUGCUUAUGUAGAGUGUUAAGGGAAAUUAUAGUUCAGUAGAAGGUAAAUGAACAAGUUUCACAAAUAUUAUUUUGUUUUAUAUGAAUUGUUAUUGCUGACUCUAUUGGACCAUUAUAUCAAUAUUGUUUUUAAACAAAUGUGGGAAAGCCACAUUUUCUAACAAAAGGGGAUGUUAUGUGAUGAUAAGACAUAUCUCACAUAUUCAAUAAUAUAUCAGUACAUAAUCAAUACUUUUACAAGAAGUAUAACAGGAAACUUAUAAUCAAUUCCAACUUUCUUAAGAAAGAAUUACUCAUUCUUCUUCCAGCUAAACUUCUGACGCACACACAUUUCAUGGGUUUUUUUUCACUAUAUUUCAUGUUCUCCCUAAAAGGUCAACUCCCCAAUUCAGAGUAAAGAGAUUGUUUUGGUCAAGCGUCCAAGGUUGACCAACACCUGUUUGGUUGUAGAGAGUCCAUGACUAGACAGGCGUAACUACGGGGG